GCGACUGUUAGGGGUUUUAGCCGUGUCUGGGGUUUUAGGGUUUCUUUCCUAGUCCACUUUGGACUUUUGAUUAAUAUAUUAAUAUGUACUCGAUUUGAUUUUUUCCUUCCCGAUUAAGCUGCGGCUAGGGCUUCCAUUCUCAUCAUUCUUAAUAACGAAUAAACCCAAUUUUUUUUCUUGUUUUUUUUUUCUUUAUAAAAAUUUUCUUUGUGAGGGUUCACACAAUACAUACAUAUAAAGCCUCAAUAUUGAUCAUUCUUUGAAAAUAAAUCAAUUUUCAAUCUGGGUUUUUUGAUUUUUCUGUAAAAAGAUUUGAUUUUUAGCAGAGGCUCUGGGUGUUCUUGAAACUGAUCAUCAGUACACCUUUUCUCAGUUUUUACUGGAAAGAAGAGAAUGAGCUUUCCUGAUCCCCCACCACCAUCUCAGUCCUUUGUGUCAUUGCCAUAUUCUGGAGGGGAUAUGGGAGGAGGCUUCUGGCCUCCACUGCAGAUGAACCAAGAACACAUUGAGUUGUAUUCUCAAUUUGAGAAUGAGCCUCCUCUUAAAAGAUCAAGAAAUUCUGAAAUCAAUCCACUGGUUUCUGCAAAUGCACAAAACCCGAAAGUGAAUCCACCGAAUCUCCCUGGAAAAGGAUCAAACCAUAUAUUUUAUAAGACGCGUAUGUGUGUGAAGUUCAUGGAAGGGAAUUGUAGGAAUGGCGAGCAUUGCACUUUUGCCCAUGGGGCUGAGGAUCUGCGAGAACCCCCUCCGAAUUGGCAGGAUAUUGUUCGUGAGAAGGAUAAGGAUAGGGGAGCGGGGAACUGGAAUAAUGAUCAGAAAGUAAUACAUAGGAUGAAGAUUUGCAAGAAGUUUUAUAAUGGGGAGGAAUGCCCGUAUGGAGAGAGGUGUAAUUUUCUACACGAACGCUCGCCACAAUUCAAGAAUGAUAUGGCAAGAGAACAGAGGGAAAGUUCUGCUAUAAGCAUUGGAACUACAGGUUCUAUGCUGGGGAGGAGAAGUGACUCCGAUCAAUUCGAAAUUAACCAACAUGCUAGUGUUGAUUCGGAUGCUUACCGGAUUAAACCUACAUUUUGGAAAACAAAGAUAUGUAGCAAGUGGGAGAUCACGGGUCAGUGCCCCUUUGGCGAGAGGUGUCACUUUGCUCAUGGCCAUUCAGAGUUAAAGGCUCCCGCUGGCAGAACCGAGAUGGAAGCAACAACGAAUUUUGCGCCCGCCCCAAUCAAGCCUCUCGCUCCUGCAGUCGAUCCAUCCCCUGCAAAUGCGGUUCCGUGUGCUCCAGUGAAGGAACAGCAACAACAACCAGAAGAGGGCAAGAAAUUCUUGAAAUGGAAACCAACCAAGAAAAUCUGUUCGGUCUAUGCAGAUUGGAUCGAGGACCUAGUCCCGCCUCACCUCCUGUGUCGAAAAGCAGAAGACGAGUUCUAAGCGAGCACAUCAUCAUCUGCUUCAAGUCUUUUCCUUUACACUCCGAAGGGAGAGUGUGAUCUAGAUAUAUCAAGAUUGGAAACAUUCUUUCCACUUCGUCUAGUUAUUGCAAUUUGUUCGAUUAUCAUUUGAGAUUUACUUUCACCAUUUUGAUAGUUUUGGAGUCUGGAAUUUUGCAUUAUCAUUUUUUUUGUUGGUUGUAAAGAAUUUUAAUAAGCUAUUACUUAAAAGAGUUUUCUUCAUAAUAAUUAUUCUUA